CAAAUGUUGCAAGUGUGGACGAGGCUUUAUUAUAACUCUUUGAUCGAUCAGUCGAGGCGUGACAACGUUUUAUUUUAUUUGUUAUUAAUUAUUAUAAUUUGGUUCCUUCUCAAAAUUAAAUCACCAUGUUCGUGGAUGAAGAAAGCGACGAAGAUUCUAUACGCAUAAAACAUGUAGAGGAAGCCCCAAAAAGGCGUCCCAAGAAGAUUAAGAUACCUCGCCGGGCACCUUCCAUAGUAGUAGAGCCGCCCAGGGUCAUGGUGAUGACGGCUGGUAUCAAGCCGAAACCGAUUAAACUGAACAAGUGUUUAGUGUCCCCCCCUACUCUAUACGAGCUGACCGCUGCUAUAGUGGAUAAGCUGGACUAUCCAGACCCCUUCCAAUGGACGGAAAUAACGGUCGCCCAGUGGAUGGAAGACAUUGGCUUUCCACAAUACAGGGAAUGUAUACUAGAUAAUCUGAUUAAUGGAAGACGCCUGCUCCGUUUCGAGGACCCAUCGCAGCUGCCGAAGAUAAAUAUCCGUGACUUUGAAGAUAUCAAAGUAAUAACAGCAGCUAUAAGGAAACUCUUUGCAACCGACUAUGUCCUGUUCAAGCGGAGUAUCGGCCUACCUAUAAGGAAGCCAGGCACCCAUUGUACCUGGUUCAAAUCCCUGACAGGACCAGUUUGGGGGGUGCGACAGAAUUAUACCAGGAGCGACAUACUUCGUUGGAUGAAGAUUUUAAUGCCGAAACCAGUUUAUAGGGAUCACUGGGAUUUAGUUUGGUAUCAGAAACCAGAUUUCCCGAAAACAUUGCUGGCGAGGAUACGGAAAUUUGAGAGGGAACCGCUGUAUGGCAUCCCGAUCUAUGCACCGCCCCAAGACUUCUGCUAUGAAUACCAGAUGCCUAGAAAAUUCCGUAUUCAAGUGAACAUUCCAGAAGAGGCACAAAUGAUCUGGAUGGAGCACCGCCCAGGAUCCCCGUCAAGAAAGGAUCAGAAGACGGAAGAAGAAAAGACGAAAGUAGACAAGAAGAAACUAAAGAAGCACAAGAAGAAAGAAUCUCGUCUGAUGCCAAAGAAGAUUAAUCUUGAAGGUCUCAGUGGAAAGGAUCUGAUUUUAGCCAGACGGCUGAUGCCGAAGAAGAAAUUUUUAGUUUAAUAUAUUUUUUUUACAAUCUUUUAAUUUAAUAAGUCGGGUUUUCCUUCCUGACGCUAUAACUCCAGAACGCACGAACCGAUUUCCACGGUUUUGUAUUCGUUGGAAUGGUCUUGGGCUCCGUGAGGUUUAUAGCAAAGAAAAUUCAGGAAAAAUCAAGAGAAAAGCAGGAAAACAGGGAAAAUCAUUGGUGGCGAAACGGAGUUCGCCGAGUUUGCUAGUCUAUAAUAUAAACAUAAGUCGGGUUUUCCUUCCUGACGCUAUAACUCCAG